AUGGCUGAUGCUUCUUCCAUGUGGAUGUUAUUCAGUGUCUUGUUGGUAAGUCGGGCCUAAUUUCAGGCCAUCAAAACGGGCUAUUUUUAGGUUAUACCAGAUCCUUGGGCACCUCGCGAACUGAUCUUCGAUGAUAUCUCAAGUGACGAAGAAGAUGAUGUGGAGGAUGAUCAAGAAGAAGAAAGUGAAGUGGAAAUCAAUUCAGAGGAUGAAAAUGGAAUUAUAUGGGAAAGCGAAUCAGAAGUGGAUAUUGACGAUCGGAUUUUAGGAGCGUUUUGGAAUGAUAUUCUUGAAGAGAAUGCUCAAUUUGAUAUUUUUCCCCGCGCCGAGGACAAUAAUAAUUUGUUGAAUUUCUUGGCUCCAGAGCAAGAACUUCGAGUUUUAAGAUUUGAUGAGAUUUUCAAUUUUGUGAGUUCACCGAUUUUGCUUUAAAAAUUUUUGGAUCGUUUUUUAGCCACCAAUCUUCGGAGAUCUGGAACUUAACGACCACAUCAAUGAUGCAGAACCUGCAGAUGAACCAGAAGUUCAACCUGGCAUUCGUAGAAAUGUAAGUUUGGACAACUUUCUUGCUGAUUUCAUGACAAGACGUCGAAUUCGCGAAUUGAUUGCUGCCGAGAAUAUUGACGACGUUUUCAAUAUCGAGCAAGAGAUUGAUCGUGUUUAUGACGGUAUCUCGGAAGACGAAGAUGAUGAAAUCUAG